GUUGAAUACUGCCCAUGCGCCUGCAACUUCUCUCCUUACUUGUGCUGCCCUUUCUGGCUUCAGCGUCCACCGACGAACAAAUGGUACUCCCCGGCGCUGACAAGGAACCCUUUGUCCCGGUCGUGAAUUCCGGGAAGCCGUCACUCGCGGACUUGCUCACCAUUGAGCCGUCCGCGUCAAUCUUCUACUCAUACGCCCGGGAACUCGAGCUUAGCCAGCUCCUCAGCAAUCCGAAUGCUCAGAAUACCCUCCUCGUCCCGACGAACAAGGCUGUGAUUGCCCUUCCUCGGAAGCCUCACGAAGAUCCUAAGCCGCUGGACGAUGGCGUCAUUCUCUCAGAGGCAGAGUUCGAUACCAUUUCAAAGCAGAACGUUGAGCGUUGGGUGUCAGCGCAUAUCAUUCCCCAGUCGCCGAUAUCACUGACGUCGGACGGCGAGUUCGAGACCCUGCUAUCGGGAAGGAACGUCACCUUUACGGUUGUUGAUGGAGACUCGGACGCGCCGGAAUGGAGGCGCGCUCUGCUCGACGGCUCCGUGCAUCUAACGGAUAUGAAAGAGGCGUCCAAUGGGGUGAUGUACAUCCUCGAUGGCACAGUCACGGUUGACUAGGACCCUUCUGUAGGACCCUGACCUUGUUUUCUCACUGUUCUCCUUGUGCACCACUGCUUCUCUGUAUUACUAGCAUCACAAUUUAACGUGGUUGGCCAUAUUCAAC